AUGACCGUAAAAAUCUCGCUCGCCCUUUGCGUUAUAUUCCUAUCGAUAUGCGCCGCCGAAGGCAUGAGUCUCCAAAGCAUCAUGGGCAUCCUCACCACAGCGGCGAACAUCGUCUACAAAUUUAUCAUGGAGUAUCUGCAAGACGACACCGGCUAUCCCCACGGCUUGGACCUGCUGGGCCUGCUGAGUAACACCAACGAUCGAGACCAAGUUCGCCUGCCGCCCGAGAUGAUGCAGCCGCCGAAUGGGCGACCGCCGGCGGGUAUGCAACCGCCACCGGGGAUGCAGCAACCGCAGGAUAUGUCCAAGUCGAUGGGUCAACAGGGAAUGCCGCCCAAUAUGAUGGGAUUCAGGCCCCCGAUGCCGCCCCCUUACGGCGAACAGCCGGGAUAUAUGCCACAGUAUCCGCAGCAAAGUUAUUAUCAGAAUAACUACCCGAUACCGGGGUAUCCCAUGCCCAUGGGGUACAAUAAAAUAAAGUAA